AUGGCGACCCCUAAUAGGCAGACUGUCUUGAUGGAUCAGGCUAGACAGAAGGCAACAUUUGAUGUGGAAAAAAUGGCUGCUGUCAUCUAUGAUACCAAAGAAGCAGUUACAUCUAGAAGAGCAGCAUUUUCGCGCGUGGAAUCCUUCCUCGAUCUACUAGAUACAAUGAACCUUCCUCGCGUCUAUGAAGGCCUCGAUCGUGAAGGAAUCUAUCUCGAGGGCCUCCGACGUGCCCGGGCUACUAUGAAUGACAUGGUUGAUCAUAACCAUCGACACUUCGCUAUGAUGACGGAAAGAUAUCAGAUGGCCAAUGCUUCGCCUCUUGGACUCAAUUUGCUCAUGUUCCGCAAAGCUAUCGAACUUCAGGGCACAUCUGAGCAGCAGAAAUAUUGGUUGCCACUCAUUGACGGGGCCAAGGUCAAUGGUGCAUAUGCGCAGACAGAAUUAGGUCACGGUACUUUUAUCCGUGGUAUAGAGACAAUAGCUACCUUCGAUCACGACACGGAUGAGUUCAUCCUCCGUUCGCCUUCUCUUACAUCUACAAAGUACUGGCCAGGGGGACUAGGACUUAGUUGCUCCCAUGCCAUCGUCGUGGCAAGGUUGAUAACUGGAAAGCCACCUACCGAUCAUGGAAUUCAUAUGUUUCUGGUCCAGAUUCGAUCAAUAGAAGAUUUCAGACCCGCCGAUGGGAUUGAGCUUGGUGACCAGGGCAUGAAAAUGUCUUAUAAUGGGACCUGCAAUGGGUAUGCGAGGUUCAACAAUUUACGAACUCCGCGAAACAGCCUCUUGAGUGCGCAUGCUCAAGUCACCAGGAAUGGAUCAUUCACCCAAGGAAGCAUUGAUAAAACAAUGUUGAUGAAGAAAACAUAUUCUACUAUGCUAUACCAUCGGGGCCUUAUCCCAAGAUGUGUCAGUUUUGCCCUUGCGCAGUCUGUCACAAUCACAGCUCGUUAUUCGGUUGUGCGUCUACAAGGCCAUGGCAUUUAUGCCGAUGAAAACCAAGAAGAAAGGGCUAUAUUGGACUACAAAUCUCAACAUUACCGCAUUCUCACCCUGAUCUCACAAGCAUAUGCAGUUCUUUUUGCAUCAAAAAAGUUUGACCAUCAAUAUGACGCUCUACAACAAGAGAAAAGCCCCGGAGAUGGUGCCUCCGCACGACUACCGUUCAUUCACGCCUUGGUGAGCGGGCUGAAGGCAUGGUCCUCCACCGUGGCCUGUGCUGGGGUUGAGGAAGCACGGCAAAUGUGCGGCGGCCAUGGUUAUGUUGUUAUUUCGGGUUUGCCAGAUAUCCUAAGUGUUGUGUCUGCAUCCAUGACGUUCGAAUGCGAAAAUUACGUUCUAUGGCAGCAGUUAGGAAAAUAUCUCUUCGGGCAACUUCGAGCAUUCAGCACUGGAAAAUCGAUAGCUCCAGAGAUGGAAGGGUUCUUGGGCGGGAUUGGAAAGUACCUCCGUGACGAGAAGUUUGAUGCGGAUUUCAAAGAUGCUCGAAGGGAUCAGCUACAAGAUGCCUCGGUUCUCUUGUUAAUAUUUCUUCAUCGAUCGCGACGCCUCCUUGUUACUGCAUAUCGCCAAUUUGAAAAGAAUGUUCAGCAAUCGCACCCAGCGCAUGCUUGGAACAGAGCUAUGAUGCCAAUAAUAUCAGCUGGGCGUGCUUUUAUUGAAUAUCUUGUUCUUCAAUACUACAAAGAAUAUAUGGAUGCCAUUUCAACAGCUGAACCGAGUCUCUUACCGGUCCUUACCCGCCUUUGCUCUCUCUUUGCACUUACUACUGUCACGAAUCCAAACUCACAAUUUACUCCGGCCUCUUUUACAGAGGAUGGGACAUUGUCUUUGUCUCAGAUUCAUGACAUGGGCGAGCAGAUUGAUGAGCUCCUGACAGCCCUUCUGCCAGAUGUGAUAUCCUUGACAGAUGCCUGGGACUUCACUGACGCAAGUCUUUGCAGUGCCUUGGGUUGCAAAGAUGGAAAUGUAUAUGAGCGAUUGAUGAGCUGGACAAGACAAAUACCCCUCAACUCUGCUGUCAAAGAAAGUAAUGGUGUUUUAAGCAGUAUGUGGGACGGACCAUAUGGGAUGGAGGGAAUCCUCAAACGGGACAUUAGUAAGGGGGCAAGGCUAUAG